CCACGCGAUGCGAUGCAGUGUGUUUUGCAGCGAACGCAUUUGCUUUUGCUUUUCCACACUUGACUGUGGCUCUGCCAGUGACCUUCAGUGAAGUGUCUUUGUGUAACGUCCUCGCAGCUGUUUUUCGCUCCAGCUACUGUUCCAGGGUGAGUGGGCAACUCCCAGAACUACCCAGCAAGGCCGUGCUCAUCACUUGCUGCUGCUCUUGACUCCUCCGUGCUUUUCCUCUUGGGCACCUUCUUCACUUUCCCUCCAUGCCAAAGUUCCAACGUCAGGCGACGCAUGCGAAUGAGUCGGACAUCUUACACUUGAUCGAUCAGCGCUUCGAGGACUUGGAGGAGACGGUCUCCCUAGCCGCCUUGGUGCCACAGCUCCAUGACCGGCUCUUUGAGGUGGAGCAGAUCGUGAAGCGUUUGCAAGAGGAACCUCCCAAUCGUGGCCCUCGAUGGAGUGUGAGUGACUCCAAACCACCAGCUCCUCUAGCACCACCAGAUGAUGAUGAUGUUGAGGGUCAAAAGGCAUUGGUGCCCAGGCUAUCCUUACCCAAAGGAGAAGAAACACCAGUGCCACCGGAGAGAGAGGAGAUUCCCACAGGCCUCUCACCUCGCUCCAUGGCAGCCCAUUCUCCUGUAAAGCGGGAGAGACGGAAGACCAUCACCCAGGUCUCGCGCGACAAGAUGUCCGACAUCAACGAACGGCUCCUGGACACCCAGACGAGUGAGUACUACACCUUCGGAGAAUCCACCUGGGAUUUGGUGAUCUUCAUCGGCACCGGAGCGCUGGGGCCUCUAGGGAGUCUCCAAACAGUGCUUUUGGCCUUGGUGAAUGUGCUGAUGCAAAUCGUCUUCGUGGCCAUUGCUUACUACAACUUCACAGUGCCUGACAUCGACUCGAAAGCUGUGCUAGAGGCUGACCGCUGGCGCCGCUCCUCAGGGCAUUCAUUCUGGACCUACAGUGACGAGGCCAAACAAUCCUUGGCAGAGCGGGUCUGCAACCUUGAUAAGUCCUUGGAGCAAUCUGGUAUCCAGGUGGCUCUCUUUGAGAACAUCGACAAGUACCUGAAAUCGGGGCGAGAAGGCCUUGAAGGCUGGUUCACAGGUCAGAUUCUGUGCGUGGUGGCGCUCAUCUGUUGGUACUUGAUGGUGGCCAAGGAGGUGAGUCAUGCCACAGCAUUGCAUCGUGGGGUCAUUGCGAUGCCGUUGGGUCCCACGCGAUUAGAUGCCCGGGAGAAUCCCUUCACCCAGCAGAAGCACUAUCGCUUGCGGAGCGUGGCUGCGCGAAGGAAGCUGUUCAGCUUGAUCUUGUUGAUCUACCGCUUGGUGGCCGCAGGCCUGUUGGUCUUCGUGGGGACUUUCUUCUUGGUCUAUACCGUCAGUGUGACCGAGCUGAUUUUGAACGCUGUGGCCUUAGGGAUUAUUCUGGACAUUGAUGACUUGCUCUUCGAUGCUUUGGCCACGACCCCUGGGCGUCAUUUAGUCCAUCAGCUGGAUCCACUUCCCAUGCCGUCACUCCCACGGUGGCGAGGUGCGGAUCUGAAGUCCGCUUCCAUGUCAGUGCUGAUCCCAACCCUGACGUUGGUGGUGUAUUUGACGAUGUUGGGGCCCUUUGUGGGCACCUUGACCGAGGUGAGUGAAGCCAUGUGUGGUGGCAACAAACUCUUUGUUUGGAAUGUGGACAAGCGUCAGGUGGUUCUCAUGUCACCCACUGCUGGGAAUGGUUGGGAGGAAGAAGAAGGGAGCAUCAAGGGUCUGGCCGUGGAAGAGGGGAAGAGCAUUGGCUAUGGCCUUGCAGAGAAUGACACCAGAUGGGGUCUGUGGGUCAGCGAUGUCUCCUUCCUGGACGAUGCCUCUGUGCUCACCUUGGCGGAGACCAUCGAUGCCAACAACCCAACAUGUGGUGAUUUGGCGGACGCUGAGCCGAUGCUCUCUUACCUGAGAUAUUUCCUGGGAAAUGAGAGCGUUCAGGGAUGUGCGGAUGCCCUGUCCUUUUGCAGCUCCUUCACCAGCAUGCCUGACUUUGGCGUGGAUGGAGGCAAGGGCUGGGGAGCUCGAAUGUUGUGUUCCGCCACCUGUGGCUGCAAUGAUCCAGCAGGCCAGCACAUUGCGGUGCAGGGCUGUCCAUAUGGCGUCAGCCGCCCGUGCCAACAGUCCCAAGCUUUCCAAGCAGUCCGACGGAACAGUGCCUGCAGUGAGAAGAGCGCCGCCAGCCUUCGAGAAUUUCUACCAUGGGUUGAAUGGGUCAAUACGAUACGUGCCUAUGGAGAGUCGCCUGCAGAUCUAGCCUUAAAGGACGAUGCCCUGCUGAUUGCAGAGGCGAUGUGGGAUCACGGUUGCGACUUUCCAGCCAAUUUGAGCGCCCGGAACAUCUCCUGGGGAAACUGCUUCAAUUGGAACAGUACCUUUGAGUGGGACUUCAAGACGAUUGAGGCCUUUUGCCCGCUGACCUGUGGAUGUUCAGCGAGUCACACACUCACCUCCUGCCCGCAGCCCUUUGGGUAUUCCUGUGAUGAGAUCGACCGACGCGGGUGCCUCACCUGGAACGAUCAAACCUUUUGCCCCAACUUCUCACCCAGCUUUCGAGGCCUCAUCUCGUGCGGUAUUUCAGCCACAGAUCCUGCGCUGCUCGCGCCCUUCAGUGCGAUUUUUGAGUUGUCCCUCACCGAAGCAGUGGCAUUUCAUGCUGGAGUUGGAUCCUAUAGUAUCAAGAUGGAUCUCCAGUUCAGAAAUCCGCAGCUGAUUGGAAUCUUUAGCAUUUUCAAAGUGGAGGAGGACACGAAUCUGCAGACUGCGUCUGCGCAGCUGUUCUCGACCUCUGCAGCAGAGAUGGAGGCAACUGUCACACAAAUACUUCUGAACCGCUCUGUGCCUGUAAAUGCUAUUGGUCUGAGCGUUCAAGGUUUGAGCAAUGUCGUGCCGAACAAUCUCCCCUGACCGGGCAGAAGAGGUCCAUAUGGAUCCGACCAAAAUCUAAUUGCUGUCCUGUGUCCGAAGAGAGGUGAAGAGAUCCUUUCAGGAGCGACUUGGGAGAUAGCUUCAGAUGGUUCACACCGUACUGUAGAACCUCAAUCGAGGUGCAUGAAAGAAGACACCGAGCCACGUGUGUCCUGCCGAAAGCAGGACAAAACAUGGUGGCGAAGUAGUUCCAUUUGUGCAUGCCUAUUGAACACUGGGGCAUUUGUUUGGUUCCAUUUUGGAUGUUUUUUUGCUUUCGUUUUGAAGCUCCAUCAAGUGAAAAAUGAGACACCUCCCAAACAGUGCCUCAGUGCCGCAGUGUUUUUUGGGGAGCGGAGAGGGAGUGAGGGAGUCACUCUUUCGUUCACCAUGUGUGGCUCAGAAACACACAGAUCUCGAAGUCGACCAAACCCUCGCCCCCCAAGAUCAAAUCUUUUCUGAUCUUUAAAAGAUCUUGGAAAGUCAAGAAGCCUGGCUGGGAGACAAAGUGUGUAAACAUCGGCUUGCCAAAA